UGUGCAGCAGGUGCAGGAGUCAACCGGUGUGCCUAUUCACAGGACCAUUCNAGUGCUGUGCACCAUGUCCCUGCAGGCCUGGGAUUGGGAGGAAGAGGAAGGGUCAAGCAUGGGGCCCCACUCCGUGGCCAGCGAAAGCGAGACGGAGGAGAACCUGAAAUCCAGGAUCCCAGCCCAUGAUUGGGACUCUGAGGACCAGUUCAGCAGCAGCCUGCAUUCCUCAGAGGGGCCUGCCUGCAUCUCUAACUCUGAUGUGCCCCAGAUUGUCCCCUGCAGAUUUGAGAUCUCACUGGCCUUCCCUGUGCUGCUAGGUAAUAAGGGAAAACCCCCAAAUGUACCUGAUAAAAAGAAGUCUGCUAAAUCAGAAACCCGGGCUGGAAAGGCUCGUCAAUUCUACCACAUUGAGUAUUUUUUCCUGCCUGAUGACAUAGAACCCAAAAUAGUUGAUGUUGUGGUGUUUCCUAACGUAGCCAAAGUGUUUCUGGAGUCGGGAACAAAGACUGUAAAGCCAUGGAGAGAUGACGACAAAGUCUGGGUGUCAUGGAGCCAAACUUUUCAUGUCAACAUGACAAAGGAAUUGUUAAAGAAACUGAAUUUCCACAAAAUCACCUUGAGGCUCUGGGACACCAAAGACAGAGUCUCAAAAAGAGCCAGGUACCAGCGGGUGAAGGCCUCAGCCUAUUCGGAAGACUUGGAGUCUCUUGAGGAAGUGAAACAUUUGGUUUUGAGUCAUAAAAAGUUGUCUUUAGUUUCCAUUGGUAAAACCAACACUAUCUCCGAAGAGUUGAAAGAGGAGAACCUACCAGGUGACCAAGAAAAGGCAGAAAAACACUUGAAGUCUCCACAAGAGCCUGAAACCCCUUCUAAGAAUGAUGAGGAGUGUGAGAAGUUACUGAAGAUGGAGGAGUCUCCUUUGUCUAGACGGACCAUUUCAAAGACACCCAUUUCUCUGAGUGGAGCAACCAUGAUGGAGAUCAAAGAGCUCAUUGAGAAACCAUCGUUGACCAGCUUAACAAACAUGCUGGAGAAGCAAAAGUCUCAGCGUUGGGCUCUAAUCAACUCCCCAGUGAUGGGCAUUGAAAGUGUCCCUUUGGCCCACUUCCAGUGCUCAGCCACACUGGAUCUACAGCUUUGGCUUCCAUGGAAGCAGAGCAUCUUUUCCAUCCAGUUACCCAUCGUGCCGCUCCUUGCCGGCUGGCAAACGGUCAUCUGCCGUGGCAGUGAGAAGUCGGCCAACAUUUUAGAUUGCUUUUUGACUUUAAAAACAGAAGUUCCUAUCAUGACUGAACAGCAAAAACAAGACCUGAACCCCCUGAUCAUAAAGAUCAGGUGUGUCUCUUGCCUUCCGAUCCAGCCUGUAUCCAUUCAUGAUCUGGAGAGGCUGUGUAGCCCUGUGUACUGCAGAUACCAGUUCCACAAGACUCCAGUUCACGAGACCAAGAGAGAGCCCCAUGGGACUCAUGUAGUUUUUCGAGAUAUCAACGUCAUCUUCCUUGGGGCCAUGAACCCUAGUGACGUGAGGGAAUACCUGGAGGGGCCCCCCAUGGUCGUUGAAGUCCAUGACAGGGAUCGGAAGUUAGAGGAGUAUUCCCGGAAGCCUGCCCUGUUUGGAGAGGACCUGAUAGAUUCAUACUUCAAUCUCCAGGCUUUCGUCUCUCACAGAGACACAGAGACGAACCCCUAUGAGUCGCAGAAUAAGAUUUGGGAUCCUUAUGGCGUUGCCCGGGUCAGUUUUGCUGACCUCCUCCUUGGUUAUAAGUACUUGAAUCUGAUUGUCCCCAUCCACAACUGUGAGCCAAAGUCUCCCAACUGGAGCCAGGAUAGCAGGAACCGAAGGACUAUGGGAGUCCAAGUGCCCACAGAUGUCCUUCAGCACAGCUCAAUUCCCAAAGGCAACUACCUGGAGGCCAACUCUUUACUCAAGCUCCGAGUGGACAUUGCAGUGCCCCUGAGUGGUUGGUCCAGAGCUCCCGAGUUGGACCUAAUGGGUACCCAUUUUGGCCGCAUCAUUUUUGUGUUCCAUGCCAAGAAACUNUCCCUCCUCCAGAGCCUGCUGCAGGACAUCACCAUGAUCAAUGCUAAAGCCCUGGAACUGGACUGUUAUCCCCUCCAGAACAUCCAGCAAAUCCUGUCGGCCUUCAAGGUGCGUGUGAAGAUCCAAGAGCAGCAGGACNUGGAUGUGCUCACGGGCUUCCAUCUGCUGGAUGGAAAGAUCCAUCUUUUUAUUCUAGAAGGCUUGGCAGACCGUGGCUUGAGGCAGCUGUGGGAGAGUUACCAGAGCAGUGUUACUGCCNCCAACCGUGCAGCAUGCAAGGUGCUCUAUGACUCCAGGUUGCUCUUCUGCCACCGCCUGUACGCUGACCUGGAGACCAUCCUGUACCACGUACAUUUGUUCAGGCCUGUGUCAGUGCUCCUGCGGUACCCUGCACUCUAUAUUCGUGGGGCUGUGUCACGUAUGGCCUUUAAGGCACUGUCNAGGAUCCAUGACAUCUGCCACAGUAGCACCAGGCUCAANGAGGUGGUUAUGAGAGACCUGCUGCCUUCCUCCUCCAUGAUUAAAGAACUGAGCCAAGANUUUGGGAUCCCCAUUUCUCAGGAAGAUCUCACAGAUGGAAAGCUAUUGACCGCAUUGCCCCAGCCUGAUACCAGUAAUGAGGAUAUCCAACGUCGGACUUCUACUCUCCCACUGGAGAUACAAGUCCACCAGGAGAAGUACCUGCAAUGGCGGAACGACAUGCUGCUAAAGAACCAGGUCCACAGGGAUAGCAUUGUCCAGAAAAAUAUCACAGAAGCCUACCAGUUCACCAAGAAGUCUCAAAAGCCAAUGAGGAAAGUCAUUAGAAUUGCCAUCCCUGAGAACAAAACUGUCCACAACUACAGCGCCCAGACCAUGAAUUCCACAGAGCUUGCUAAGAAGCAGAUGCUUAAAGAGAUGGCCAAGGAGCCAAGAAAGAGAUUCACNUAUUCACAGAAUUACCUCUCAGCUAUGGUGGAUCUUCAGGACCCAAAGGAAGAGGAGAAGAAAGCCCAGAAGAAGUCCCGCCAGGCCUGGCUCACAGCCGGUGGGUUCCAAGUAUGGGGUCUUCAGAGCAGCACUGGAAGCAGCCAGCAGGAUCUUAGACUGCCACCCAUCAGAGAGCUAAAUGAGGAGUGGCAGGAAAACGCACUGUUUACUAAUGUGUUGAAGCCUGUGUUGGACCGGGAUAGGUGGACCUGGAGCCAGCGCCACCUGGAUUUUGACCUGUACAAGAAGCCGCCACUUUACUUUAAGUUGCCCCGUCUUCCAUCUCCAAAGGGCGCAUCUGGUAGGAGGCGAAAGGCAAAGAUUGGGUCUUCAGGACGGCGUUGGCGAAGUCGAGUUCCAUCAAAGCCACUUAGUUCCCCUGAAAGUUCCUCUACGCACCCUCAAGACUUAUUCUCUCUUAGUGACCAUCACCUGGUACUAAAGACUCUGUCUCGCCUAACCUCUGCAUCUCGUGGAUCUUCAGUGGGACUAUACCACCCAAAUCCCACCUUCCACAGCCGUUGGUUUCAUUAAAAUGUAGUAUAAGGAAGGGACCAUUCUCGGUACCCAUAACCCUGUUACAAAUGCACACUGGU